GAUUUACUAAGAUCAAAAGAAUUUUCAGACGUAAAACCAUUCCAAGCAGUUUUGACGACUGAAUUGUUUGAUAAAAUACUUGAAUAUCAUUUAGUGGAGGCAAGUAGAGAAUUUUCAACUUUGGUCAAACCUAUACGUAAAAGUGUAGAAUCUCUUAUGAUCAAUAGAAAACACGUGGAAUUGAUUUCAUGUUGGAUUGACAAAAAAGAAAAUUUGAGCGAGUAUAACACCAGUAAUUUUCCGUACAAAUUGAAAUUAUUAUUAAAUGGUAAUGACAAAUUUUCAGCUGAAAAAUUCCACAGAUUGUGUGAUGGGAAAGGACCAACAAUAACUUUGUUGAGAUUAAAGGCAACAAAUGAAAUAAUUGGAGGCUAUAAUCCAUUCGAAUGGAAAUCACCUUCAGCUCAUAUGUACGAGUAUACAAAAGAUAGUUUUCUAUUUUGUAUAAAUGAAGAAAACAUUCAAAAUUCAAUUGUAAGUAGAGUACAAUAUGGUAAAUACGCAAUUGGUCAAAACAAAAAAUUAGGGCCGAUCUUUGGUAAAGAGGGUGAUGAUUUGGCAUUGGAUUCUAUUUAUGAUGAUGGACCUGUGAUGUGUAAAUGUAUUCAAUCAUGUUAUGAGAAACCUAUUAGAAAAUACAAAUAUGAUGAUGAGGUUGCAGAAUAUGAAAUAUUUCAAGUAAUUAAAAGAUUUAAUUAA